CUAAGUUAAGGCUUGAAGCCGCCUCCAAAGCACUUCAUCCUCUCUUCCCUCGUCCUCCCUCUCGUCUCUUACCUGCAAAUAGAAUCACCUUAUAACGAGUAAACAGAACAAGGAAGAGUGAGGCAAGCGAAGAGGGGAAGUGGAAGCGUAGAAGGCAAUGGUGGGCGCCUUGUCAUCGUCCUCCUCCUCGUGCGCCUCCUUCGGCUCCUUCGAGGAAGACGUCCCCGCCGCCGCCAAGCCCUCCCCCGGCGCCGCCUCCGUCAAGUUCCUCUGCAGCUACGGCGGCAGGAUCCUCCCCCGCUACCCCGAUGGCAAGCUCCGCUAUGUCGGCGGCGACACCCGCGUUCUCUCCGUCGACCGAUCUGUCCCCUUCUCAGAGUUGCGGGAGAAGAUGAGGGAGCUGUGCGGGUGGGGCGCGGUGAGCGUCCGGUGCCAGCUGCCGACGGAGGACCUCGACGCCCUCGUCUCCGUCAAGUCCGACGAGGACCUCACCAACGUGGUGGAGGAGUACGAUCUCGCCGCGCGCGAGAAGAUCCGGGCCUUUCUGUUCCCCCCCUCCAACAAAGGCGGCGGCGAGAGCCCUACCCAUCGGGCCACGCCGAUCUCGGUGGCGGUGCCCGCUGAGCACUGCGUCCACCAGAUCUCCGCGCCGGCGAGGCCCGCCGGCCGGUUCGAGAAGCCCCCCGCCGCCGGGGAUCUUCGCCACCACGGCCACGGACACCACCACCACCUCCACGGCCGUCAUGCGGCCCCCAGGCCGUGCAACUACCUCGUGCACCACGGAAGCCACUGGCAAUGAUACAAUCACCACCACCACCACCAUCGCCAGUGUUUUUGGGCGAAGAACUCGAGGUUACUUUACGGCGGAGGGAACCCUUUUCUUCAGGGGACCGAAUAAUUUUUUAUCAGGAAAUACAAAGAAAAUCUAAUUAUUAUUUUUUUAUGAAGAUAAAAAUAUACAAAUUUUUCA